AUGGUGGAGGACCUGGAUUCAGAACGUGUCGGUGUUGACAAGGAGAUUGACUCCCAUGUUCUGUCGUAUGUGGAGCCUCCAAUUCAUAGUUUCCCCAGCCGUUUGCGCGGUCCCCAGAACUCCACAAAUCUCUCUCGUUCGACGGAUCUCUCUGGUAUGAAGACUGGUAGGGUGGAAGCGAUUGAUAGGAUGGGAUCAGAGAAGAUUGCAUCCGCGAGGACUGCGGAGGGAAUCGUGAUUGGCGGUUGGACGAAGAUCGAGGGUGACAGAUAUUUUCAAACCGUUAUUCUUCCUCCAGAAGAUCAAGAAGAUCUUGUUCUUCUAGCAUAUCGCGUAUAA